AGAGAAUACACGUUGGACGUGUACCGACUGAGUUCUGUGAUAACAGAGCAUGACGCGAAAAAAGCUGGAGCCGAAGUGGUGAAGCAAGUGGAGCAUCCACUGCUUUCAGGCCUCUUGUACCCUGGACUGCAGGCUCUGGAUGAGGAAUACCUGAAAGUGGACGCUCAGUUCGGUGGUGUGGACCAGAGAAAGAUUUUCACAAUGUCGGAAAAGUAUCUGCCCCAAUUGGGAUAUGCUAAACGCAUUCAUCUCAUGAAUCCCAUGGUGGCCGGUCUAGCGGGAGGCAAGAUGUCUUCCUCGGAAGAGGACAGCAAGAUAGAUUUGUUGGAUAGUCCGGCUGCUGUUAAGAAGAAGCUGAAGAAGGCAUUCUGUGAGCCUGGCAACGUGGACGAUAACGGGGUACUGGCAUUCGCAAAGCAUGUUGUCUUCAGUCUCUUCAAGUCUGGCCAGAAGUUCGAGAUCCACCGCGACGAUAAGAACGGAGGCAAUUUGUCGUUUGCGACUUACGACGAACUGGCCGCUUGCUUUGCGACGUCGCAACUGCAUCCGGCCGAUUUGAAAGCGGCAACCGAACGAUACAUCAACGAUUUGUUGGAGCCGAUACGUCGAACUUUCGAGGCACCCGAACUGAAGGCCUUGGCUGCGUCCGCCUAUCCGCCACCGGCAGGCAAGAAACAGCAACCUGCUCAGGCCAAACAAGGCGGGGGUGGUGGCACGGCUACGAACGACGCCAUAGAUCCCAGCCGAUUGGACGUGAGAGUUGGCAAAAUUGUUAAAGUCGACAAACAUCCUGAUGCAGAUGCUCUCUACGUAGAACACAUCGAUCUAGGUGAAGAGGAGCCGCGUACUAUAGUGAGUGGCCUGGUGAAGUAUGUGCCCAUAGAAGAGAUGCAGGAUAGAAUGGUGGUCGUGCUAUGCAAUUUGAAACCGGCCAAAAUGCGGGGAGUCGAAUCGCAGGGAAUGGUGCUCUGCGCCUCUGUUGAGGAGGGUGACACCAAGUGUGUGGAGCCUCUUCUACCUCCCGCUGGGAGCGCUGCCGGCGACAGGGUGCAUGUAGAUGGCUACGAAAGUUCGCGACAACCAGAUGCUGUACUCAACCCUAAGAAGAAGAUAUGGGAACAGUUGCAGGUCGACCUGAAAACAUCGUCCAGUUGCGAGGCGCAAUGGAAGGGAAGCAGCUUGCAAACUAAACUCGGAAAAGUAACCUGUAAAUCUAUGAAAAAUGCUCCAAUCAAGUGAAUUUGCAUAACAAAAUUCUACAGGUUUAAUCAUAUGAAAAUCUAUGAAAAAUGCUCCAAUCAAGUGAAUUUGCACUGCAAAAUUCUGCAGGUCUAAUUAUCAUUUAAUUUUUUUGACGGUCGCUUAUGGUGGCGGCUUGUAAUACAAAAUGCCACGACUUUUUAUUUUUCAGAACAAAAUAAUUCUAUUUCUCCAGUUGCACUCUGCGACUUCACUUGGUACACUGAAAACUGUCUACAUUCAAAGUUGUAUAGUAGAAUAAAAUGUAUUGAGAUUUAGGCCUACUUCUAACUGUCAUUAUUCCUUGAAAAUUAUUUAUUUAUUUAUACAUUAAUGAAUACCAUAUCAUUCUCAACUAUGAAUGAUUGGGGAAGGAACAACAGGCUUAAAGCCUAAAACUGUUACUUUCCCAAAUUUGGUUAGAAAUUGACCAAAAAUAGGUUAUGUUCAUCACUUCAUAUUAUGAAUACUAUCUAUUGAAAGUAUUUUAAUAGGGCUAAUUGAGUUGUUUAUUAUAGAAAUUACUAUUAUCGUAC